UUCGCUGGAUUCUAAAGAUAGAUGGACUUCGAGAAUAUAUUUCAAUCAUAGAUGAGGUAACCAGACAGCAUUUGCAAACAGACUGGAAUUGCAAACAAGUGAGCGUUUGUGAUGUGACAAAGAGGUACUUGUUCACCUUGUCCAGUAAUAUAUUCUUGGGCAUCAAUGAUCCAGGAAAAAUUGAGAGAUUGGCGAAAAACAUGAAGGACAUAGAAGAAGGUUUUUUUUCAAUGCCAAUAAAUUUGCCAGGAACGGCUUUGAAUCGAGCCAUCAAAGCGGCCAAGCUUAUUAGUAAAGAACUUAUGGCAACAAUUAGACAAAGAAGGAUUGAUCUUCAAGGGCAUGAUUUGUCUUCAAGGAAGGAUUUCAUGUCAACCAUGCUUCUGGCAAAAGAUGAAAAUGGUCAGGCAUUUUGUGACGAAGACGUUGCUAGCCAUUUGGCUGGCUUGUUACUGGCAAGUUUCUCAACCAUGCAUAGCACAAUUACUAGCAUCAUGAAGUAUCUUGCAGAGCUUCCGGAUGUGUACGAUUCUGUCUUUAGAGAACAAAAUGAAAUUUUAGAUGUAAAGCCAAAAGGAGACCACCUUACUUGGGAGGAUAUACAGAAGAUGAAGUACUCUUGGAGCGUUGCUAGUGAAGUCUUGAGGAUAUCGACACCAGGGUUUGGAGGGUUUAGAGAGGCUAUCACUGAUUUCACCUAUGAAGGGUUCACAGUACCAAAAGGCUCCAAGAUUUUCUGGACUUUUGAUGCCACACACAAGAAUCCAAAAUACUUUCCUGAUCCUGAAAAGUUUGAGCCAUCAAGGUUUCAAGGAAACGGUCCAGCUCCUUAUGCAUUUGUGCCAUUCGGGGGAGGACCACGCAUGUGUCCUGGAAAUGAGUAUGCUCGGGUGGUGAUGCUUGUUUUCAUGCACAAUGUGGUGACAAAGUUUAGAUGGGAGAAACUGAUUCCGGGCGAGAAUAUGAUAUAUUAUCCUGCUCCAAGGCCAGCUCGAGGGCUUCCAGUCACUCUACAUCCUAACAAGCCUUGAAUUCUCCUAUUCAUUUUUGGUUCUUUGUCAAUACUUAAUGGAGCUACACUGCAAUCUUCCUGUCCUGUAAGUCCAAUAAUGCAGGAAGUGCUUGGUUUAUAUUCCGAAAUCAAAAUCUGAAUCACAUAUAAAUCAUCACUAUAUAAAAAGUAUCAUGAGUUUUGGUACUUUGGAGUGUAAGUAUAAGUGUCAUUGUGAUCGUAGUUUUUGUUAUUUUAA